AUGGCGAGCCCCCAUAUCGACGGCACAAGCGACGCCGCCAUGCAUCAAAUCCAGGUGCACGGCCCCGACGCCAGCACGAUCGACCCGAGCCGGCCCUCUCCCCGGCUGCCCAACGAGCUCCUCGCACUCAUCAUCGAGCUCGUCUUCCUCACCUCCUCGCCCACUCCCGCACCCGCUCCAGAGGGCCAUCCCAGCGACACGACCAUCCCCGGCCAGCCCCGGACUCCAUCCACCUGGCAAGCACGCACCAACCUCCUCCUAGUCAACAAGGCCUUCCUCCGGCUGGCGACACCGCACCUCUACCGCACCAUCUCCCUCGACACCGAUCGCUCUCUCGACGCCUACUUUCGCCACGUCCUCAACCACGAGCACGGGUCGCAGCUCUUUGCCGGCCUCGACCGAGCCUGGUUCGGCAACGUCAGUGCGGCCCAGAGAAAUGGACUCACCAUCGACCCCGUCCAGUACCGCCUCGCCGAGGCCGCCUGGUACGAGGAGACCGCAGGCGGAUUCAUCAUCGGCCAUGCCUACGCCUCGCGCAGAAGGAUGCCGCGGGGCAAGGCCAAGUCGAAGCGAGGGCCAAAGAGGCUCAGGCGGGUCAGCGUGUACUGGGCAGAGGAGGAGAUCAUCGAAGAGGUCAGCGAUCCCGAAAGCGGCAGCGCGAGCGAGGGCGAAGGCGAAGGCGCGGGAGAGGAUGAAGGGACGAUCGCGCCCCGGGAAGGCCUCCAUAGCGAUGGCUUCGCCGCCGAGGGCUCAGGAACCUCUGCGUCCUCUGCAAUGGCACAGCCGGCGCGGCCCGCCUGGCAGACGCUCUACGCAAGCAACCGGCAGACACGGGCUGCCAGGGACAAUGGGCAUCGUCCAGAGUUCCAAGGACCUCGGAGACGAGUGGCCAUGUCGGCCACGCUGAGCGGGCCAGUCGAGGGCGAGCUCGACCCGUGGGACAUGGUUGAGGCCCAGGAGCGUCUGACAUCGCAGCAGGCGGCCCUGGACCCAGCGACAGGAAGCGCUUCGACGGCGGCGGAUCCUCCCGACCUCGGCAGCCUGAGCAUCGCGGCAGCCACGCCGUCGCCGCCGCUGCCUGACCCACCGGAUCCUCCCGCCGCCAGCACGUCCCACAAGACCACACUCGCCGCGCUCGUCGAGCACCGCCACGCCCACCGUCGACAGCUGCACCUGCUUCAGGAGCCGAGGGAGAUUGUCGCCUACCACCUCGUCACGGCCACCCUUGAGAACUGGAUCAACCGCAUGUUCACCGAGAUCCGCACCCUGCGGUACAUUACCCUGACCUUCUACCCGGGCAUCAUCCUGGACGACGACAAGCUGGAGCACGUGCUGCGCCGGAUGCUCUCGGCCGACGAGAACCCCAAGCUGGAGCUGCUCCUGGUGCGCAUCGCCCACGAGCCCGUGGCGGCCGGAUCGCGCUUCCGCCGCCUGGACCGUGCCAUGACCAUCGGCGGCGCCGUGGACCGUAUCCAGGACGACCGCAUCCGCGUCGAGGGUCUCGGCACCGCCGUCGGCGGCGAGAUCCUAUCGCCGCCGCGCAGCCAGGCUUCGGCCCGCGCCGAUGCUUCGGAUGUCCCCCAGCCGAGCGACUCGUCGAGGCGAUCCGAGAAGCAGCCAGAGUCGAAACGGACCACGAGCGCGGCGGCCAAGGAUCAGCCGGUCGGAUCGGCUUCGGACUCGGACUCGAUCGACAGGCUGAACGACGCAUCGCGCCGAGCCGUGCACAUCACCCAGGACGGCUGGUGGUCGCGGGUGCUGCAGCAGAACCACGCGCGCCGAGGCGACGCGACGGAGCCCACUGCUCACUCGUCGAUCUCCGAAGAAGGCGACACGCAACCCUUCUCGUCCCUCUUUGGCCGCGGUGCGAGCUGCACGACAAUCGAGAGGGUGCUCGGCCAAGCCGACCCCUUUGUCGACGCCCCGCCGCCCAUCGGGCGGGGACGCUCCUCCGCCGCAGGCAAGGCGAGCAAGGCCACUGCCCGCCUGCUAGAAGACGGAACGGACAUCGAGCCGCGUACGGGCUACCGCCAGCUCCAGCUCAACUACAUCAACGGCUGGGCCAGGAGGGACACCGAGGGCGGCAACGAGGCUUUCGAGGGGUAG